AAAUGAAAUUCCUGGAACUGGAAGUGGCAAGGGGGCGUCAGCAGCCUAUUAAUCUUAUCUCUCUGUCAUCCGCACAGAAUUCUGUGGUCAUCCGUCUUCCGAUUUAUUUGUAGUCUUGGAGUAAGGACUUACUGGAUCUAGAUUCUAGAUCUAGAUCUAGUACUUGCAUGACUAGAACGGUAGCUGCCUACAACUGUAACUGUUUUAUUCAAGUUCUGCCUUGACUCUACGUAAAGGUAUACAGAAUGGCAUACCUUAAGCCUCCUGUUCCUGCAAGGACGAAAGGACCCAAAAAAAUUCCUCAAGUCGCUGAAAUUGUUAGGCUGGUCAAUGAGACAGACCAAGGUUGUAUGCCAUUCCAAAGUUUAUGCGUAUUUUUCCCCAAUGUGAAGCAAACCCUGCUUUUGGAAACUAUUCGCAAAGCUGAGAUGAACUUUGAAGUGUCCUCGGGGUUCAAUACGACUGUUUGUGUGAAAACAGACUUGCACAUCUGCAAAACGCACAUCAGAAAAUCUUCCUCAGGCAAGAACAGAACUUGUGACGAGACUUGUGGGGGCCUUCACGUGUGCCGCACAUUUCUGCUUUGCCAGCCUGGCACAUGCCCCUUCAACAGAGGGAAGAGUAAAUGCUUUUUCGGGCACGACAUGAACACCCCUCAUAACAAGAAACUUCUGGCUUACCACAACUUGCUCGGAUUGGAUGAGAAAGAACUACGCAUACUUUUUCGCAGACCAGCUUCUCGCAAUGAGACGACGAUGCCUCAAAUUUGCAAGUACUACAACAACCCAAGAAAUGGCUGCACAAAAAAAAAGUGUCGCGCCUUACAUGUGUGUUUAAACUUUCUGCUGGGAAACUGUGGAGAUGACACACAAUGUGAUUACGGACGACGCCACAAUCUCAGCUCCAACAAUGUUGUCCGUGUACUAGACCUGUUUGCAAUUGAUCUGUCUUCAGCAGAAUGGACAAUCGUUGUUUUCUUUCAGCUGAUGAAGUCGUUAAUGUAUGGUGACGUCAGUAAGGGAUGCGUUGGAUGCAAAGCCAACUACAAAUCCUUGAUGGCUUUGCAAAAUAGAGUCGGAGUCUUGGAGGCUGAGCUGAAAGAUUUGAAGAUGUUUCUCCCAGUACUCAAGUGAUUUGUCAUCCUGCCAGUAGACAAAAAUGCAC